AAGGGGACAGUUUCCAGUCUAACUCCAUUGUACUCUGUUGUAGGUUAUUCCUGUGUACAGUCAAGGGGACAGUUUCCAGCCUAACUCCAUUGAGAUGAUUGAAUCAGAGACCAGCCCACCAUCUCUCCUGUCAGAGGCAGAUUUGAUUGCAUUAAUGGACAAACAUGGAAUUGGAACAGAUGCUACACAUGCUGAUCAUAUAGAGACCAUCAAAAGUCGGAUGUAUGUUGGACUACAGGGGGACAACAAAUUCAUCCCUGGUCAUCUCGGCAUGGGACUUGUUGAGGGUUAUGAUGCAAUGGGGUAUGAAAUGUCCAAACCACAUCUCAGGGCAGAAUUGGAGGCAGAUUUAACAAGGAUUUGUGAGGGCAGAAAGGAUAAAAAUGUUGUCUUAGAAGAGCAGAAACAGAAAUACAAACAAGUGUUCAUUGAAGCAUGUCGGCAGGCCUUAAAGAUUGAUGAAGCGCUGGCAAAGUAUCUCGGGGAGGCCCAGCCCAUGCCUGCAGAACAUGCAUUAGAAACAUUAGCCUCAUCGCCAAUCAAAAAAUGUCCGAACUGUGGUCAGGAUAUGAUGUUGAAAACAAAGAAAGAUGGAAAGGGCUUCUACAUAGGCUGUAUGGGCUAUCCCAACUGUAGGAAUGCUGUUUGGCUGCCAGACUUUGUACUGGAGGCAACGGCUCAAGACACAUCAUGUCAGACAUGUGCUGGAGUACGCCUGAUCAAGUUCAAGUUUAAACGAGGUUCUGUCCCUCCUAUGGUGCCUACAGAGUAUUGUGGUUGUAUUGGAGGAUGUGAUGAAAUGCUGUCUGAAGCCUUGAAUCUUAACAGGAACAUGAGUUCCAGUCAAAGGCCUGCUACAUUAUCUAACCAGACAAAUCUAUCAGAUAGUGGUAUAGGUUCAACAUACAACUCCCAGGCCAGUGGUAGAACCAACAACAGACCAUCACAGUCUACCCAGAGACAAAAUAUAUCAACAUACAACAGUAGUACAAACAACAAUAACCAGACAGGAAAUGGUGUACAGGGAGGUAACUCUCGUGUCCCCCUGGUGUCAGUGUCACCAUUCAACAGAAACACACCUGCUCCAGCAGCUAGUGGCGGUAAUGCUAUUGUAUGUUCCUGUGGAGACGAUGCUUUGUUACUAACAGUGCGUAAAGAGGGACCCAACACAGGUAAGUUAUAAAGGUAUCUGUUCAUCCGGUCAGCAAGCUCUCAGGGAUCAGUGGUUAUUACAGAGUCAGGUCUGUAAGCUUUCAGGGAUCAGUGGUUACAGAGUCAGGUUGGUAAGCUCUCAGGGAUCAGUGGUUAAA